AUGUCGCAUGUCCAGGCGCUGUACGACCGGCGCAACGCGGCGCGCGCCGCACAAGCGCCUGCAUCGCCCACAAAGGAAGGGAGAGGCGAGAUGAAACGAUCCGUGCAAGGUGCGGUCGGGGGGCGCGUGCCCAUGUCGGCCCUCCGCACGCCGUCCGCGUCGAGUGUUGCGCGCCUUGCGGAGCUCGGCGUGUCGAGCGAGCCGAUCCAUGCAUACCUGCGCAUCCGGCCAGAGGACGAGCGGCCCGAGACGUUUUCGCUGGACGUCGUUUCGGACACGGAAGUCGUCAUGACGCACCCCCACGAAAUGAGCGCGCGCACCGCGUCGCGACUGCGAGGCCAGGCCGUGCCGGCCAAGUAUACCUUUUCCAAGGUGUUUUCGCGGCCAGAGACGGAUGCACCGACGCCGGCGGCGAUGCAGUCGCAGUUCUUUCAAGAGACGACCUUGCCGCUGGUGCGCGACCUGCUCGAAGGGCGCAAUAGCCUCGUGUUUACCUAUGGCGUGACCAACUCGGGCAAGACCUAUACCGUGCAAGGCAGCCAGGCGCCUGGCGAGGCAGGCAUCCUGCCCCGUGCGAUUGAUGUCAUCUUUAACAGCACGAAAGGACUCGAGUGCACCAAGGCGAUCCGGCCGAUGGGCCUCACCGGCGUCCAGCCCGGCGUCUCGGACCCCAGCAAGAGCCUGCUGUCGUUCGCGCGCAAGCCGCGCGAUGUGCCAGCACUCGAGGUGGACCCGACAUGCGUCCCGGUGUCGGACGAGUUCCGGUACAGCGUAUGGGUAUCCUACGUCGAGGUGUACAAUGAAAAACUCUACGACCUGCUCGACACGCCGAGCGCAUCGCUGCUGCAGCGCGAGCCGCGCGACGAUACGAGCGCCGCACGCCGCCCCCUCCUGCUCAAGAGCGAGGUUGAGAGCGGAGGAAAGUACGUUAGUGGCCUCAAAGAGAUCAAGGUUUCGUCGAUUGCCGAGGCGAAGGAGUUGCUAUACCGCGGCCAAGAGAACCGCACCGUCUUUAGCACGAUGGCAAAUCGUACCAGCUCGCGCUCGCACUCUGUCUUUACGAUCAAGAUUUUGCGCGAGCAGACGAGUGUCGCACUCGAGGACCGCGAUAUUGCCGGGCUCUCGCGCAAGUACUUUAUCUCCCGCAUGAGCAUCGUCGACCUCGCGGGCAGUGAACGCGUGGCCAACACCGAGGUCCCGUCUGGUCCCCGCCUAAAAGAGGCAGGGAAUAUCAACAAGAGCCUCAUGUGCCUCGGCCAGUGCCUCGAGACCAUGCGCAAGAACCAGAUCCGUGCCGGAAUCUUCCACGGGGAGCGUGCGGACGCGAGUGACUCGCAGAGCAAGCCGCGGCGCCGGCAGAGCAUCAUUCCGUUCCGCCACUCGAAGCUCACGGAGCUCUUCCAGUCGUUCUUUACCGGCGACGGGCGCGUGGUGAUGAUUGUAAACGUGAACCCCUACGGGACGGGAUUCGAAGAGAGCGCGAACGUGAUGCGCUUCAGUGCGAUGGCCAAGGACGUCGGCAUCCACGUCGCGCCCAACGAGCGUGCGUCGCCCACAAAGCGGUCGUCGUCGCUGCCAAAUACGUCUGGCAUGACCGUGCUCGACGCGGGCGAAAGCGAUGACGAGGACGAGGAUCCGUUCGUGACGAUGCUCAUCGAAGAGAACGAGCGCCUCCGCAACAAGUGCGAGCGCGCCGAGAACCUAUGCAUGGUCAUCGAAAAGACGGUACGCGACGAGAUGGCGCUGCAUCUCGAGAGUGCGCUCCGCAAGAUGCAGCUUUACUACGAAGAGCAGCUGCGCACCGAGAUGGAACAGAACGAUGCGUUUAUGGGCAAGAAACUCGACCUCUUUGCGCGCUUCACCGCGGCGACACAGGCGCAGGCUGCCGACGUCUCCGAAAGCGCAUGCAGCGACGAUGUCGCAGUGUCUGGAGGCGAUAGCGCGGUAUUCGACUCGCCGGUGCUCGCGCCCAAGUCGACCAACACGGCGCGGUUCUCGGAAGCGAGUGCGGACGACUCGCUGCUCUUCCAGCCGCGCUCACCGAGUCCUACGCGAUCCACACGCAAGCUGCGCACAAAGCCCGUGUGGAACGCCGAGGAUAUCGACGCCCACCUCGCCGAGAAUGCAGAGCCCGACCUGCGCACCCCGCGCCGCAGCGCGCGUUUUCCCACUCGAUAG